CUGGGCGGGGCUGUGUGUGCAGUCACAGCGCAUCUCUCCUGAGUCUAUAUACUGCAUCUGUGUGCAUCUCUCUGUGUCAUUCCUUCCGUGUGUCUCUCUGGUGCUGUCUUGUCUCUCUGGGGUCUGUUCAGUGAGCGGGUGUGUCACUCUGUGUGUGUCACUGGGAGAGUGACAGACUUGGAGCCAUGUGCACCGGGAAAUGCUCUAAGUGUAUAGGGGUGACCCUCUUCCCCCUCGUCCUCCUCUGUGCCCUUGCAAACUUCAUGCUGCUCUUCCCGGACUUCAGUUUGGAGUACCUGACCGCUGAGCAUAUCACCCCUGAGAUCCUCUACCUCGGGGGCAUCAUCGGGGGUGGCGGACUGGUCCUGAUCCCCGCUCUGCACAUCUUUGCCACCCGUUCAGACGCAUGUUGCAGCAACCGGUGUGGGAUGUUGCUGUCGCUGGUCUUUGCUGUGGUGGGGAUUGCGGGCUCCUCUUACUGUCUCAUCUGCUCGGUGCUUGGUGUGGUGAACGGGCCCUACUGUCUCCAUGAAACUGACAACGGCACUGAAUGGGGCCGUGCCUUCCAGGUCGACAUCACCAAACUCAACAUCACCAACUUAAAGGACACUCACUACCUGCUCAACUACACGCGAUGGGACGAAUGUUUGGAGCCUCCUGAUGUCGUUGUCUUCAAUUUGGUGCUCUUCAACUGUCAGAUCCUCUUCAGCUUCAUCCAGUUGAUCCUCUGCAUCUGCCAACUCAUCAACGGGUUCUUUGGGACUCUGUGUGGCACCUGUAAAUAGCCUCUAAUUUUCUCUCUCGCUCUCCCACCACAACCCUCCUUCCCCGGUCCUCUCACACUCACUCUGUCUCCCCCGCUACACCCCUCUCC